GUUUGGUUCAGAAACUAAUGGUUUCUUUAGAUGCCCUGACAAAAGAUAGUUUAAAGCAUGCCUGAUUUUAGCAAUUUCUUUUUAUUUCUUUUUACAACCACUUACAUCAUCUAAACGCUUUGGUUCUUCCCAAACAACAGGGGGCGCUGUAUAAACCAAAUGUUGAAUAUUUGACCUCUAACCCGGAUGUUGGUCGCAGCAGUAACAACACAUGUCGAAGGAAAUCAAGUCGCGUCCUGUCUGAAAAUGGAAUUAAACGUCAAGAAAACGAGUUCGCAGGCUUUGCUAUCGUGUGGCAACGGAGGAGGCCUCGGUGAGAAGCUUCUCCUCAAGCCAACGGCCAGCCGAUCGCUGCAGACAGAGAGAGUUCCCAGAAGCAGUGUGUUGGAGCGGCUCCAGAGCUUCCUGCCUCAGAUGGCCGAGGCCAACGAGAAGCUGAAGCAGCAGAUGGAAGAGGCUCCUGCUGGACACUUUGACAUAGAGAGUGUGGAGGAGGAGGAGAGGGUUAUAGAGAUGGAUGUAGCGCUGGUGGAGCUCAGCAGCUCGGAGAACGACUCUGAAGACGACGAGGAGACAAACUCUGAGGAGGAAUCAGACUCGGAUGACGAUGGCGUUGAGAUCACAGAGGAAAACCUCAAACUACCAGGAGUCAAAGGCAGUAAGAAGAAAGCCAACAUCCAGGUUCUGGAUCAGCAGGGGGUUUGAUGAGUGGCCUGCACAGACUUUGGACUGAGUUUCAUUCAAGUGUGAGGUGAAACUGCCGCGUGUGUUGAUAGGAUUUUUAAUUUUCUUCACGAACGGACGAACAGAGUGGAGACACGCACACACACACCUUCCUCAUCCCCAUGGGAACAAUAAUAGGGCCGGGUACUACGAAUGUUUUUCUGAAUGGAUUCAGAAGGUCCUGGUUCUGGCUCUGGUUUCACAUCUUUUAUAUGUCUUUGCUUUUGCGCAGCUCUUCUCUGUUGUCAUACGCUUUAAAUCCAGUCAGUUUUCAUGCCUGACGGUGCUCUCAGAGUCAGCUGUUUUGGAUCUCCCUAACAUUGGGGUUAAUCUCAUUGUGCGACCACGGCGAGAUUUCUAACGAGAGGAUGCAGGAUCUUUCAAAUCAAGAUCGUUUUGAGAUGGACAAUCUUUUCUUUUUAAACCCAGCCCAGUCAGCAGUGACUAAAACUAUACAAACAUAAAAGGCAGAUCGAGUCUAACCCUGCCUGGACAUCAGUGGACCAUCAGUGUAUAUGAUGCGUUUAAGUUCGACCUUUUGGAUCACCUUAUUUUUGUCCUCUGUUUUCAUGAGCUCAUUCACUCUGUUACACACCAGCUUUAAACUGUCAUUUCAUGUGGAAGAAGAAAUUAAGUGUGAUCAGGUCCAUGGCGGUGGAACAAGGUGCUAUGUCUAGAUUAGUUCGUUCUUUAUUAAUUUGACAUAAUUCAGGCUUUUGAUAAUCCUGGUAGCUCAUUGAAACUGUCAUAAUUAAUGUAGUUGUUUCAUACAGUUACAACCAAUUUGUGUUUUCACUCAGUUAUUUCUGACCUCACCUCGAAAUUUAAUACUAAAGGUGGUAAUUACUAAGAAGACGUUAUAAUCCUGCCUGACAUCAUUUCCUUUUAUUUUGUCCUUGACAUUAAACACAAGAUAAGAUAAGAGUUCUUUAUUGGUCCCCACUGGGGAAAUUCAAAUGUUACAGCAGCACAACAGUGACCAGAAAGAAAUUAAAGAAAUUAAAUAGGACAACAACAUUAAACAGGCAACAAGCAACAAAAAGUACCACACAAAAGUGCACAAAGUGACAGCAGUUGUGGAUAAAGUGACAGUGUAAGUAUGUGGGCACAAAGGAGCGUCUGAAGCGUUCAGUUAGGAAUGAACAUUGCCAUGGAUGCAGUGGGCCUACUAUUUUUUUCUCUUUAUAUACUCCAAGCCAUUAACAUUUAUUUUGUUGUAUUGAGAAACCCACACAUAGAGGGACAGGUGGCUUGGACCGGCUCAUCAUCUGAAGCACACGUCCUUAACGUCAGCUGUUUAGUGCGAUGGAGGCUGUGUGAUGCGUGCGGGGGCGUGGUUUCCAGUGGGUGUUUAGUGAUGAUGUGAUGGAAGCAGCUGGAUAAGUUCUCAUCAGAUUCAGCCAAAUGAAACAAAGACAUUUGUGCUUCCCUGCACAAAUGAACUACAGUGUACUUGUACACUAAGUACACUAAAUGAUCUAGUGUGCAUCUUACUUGAGAACAAAUACUGAAGGCAGAAACACUGACAAACGGUUAAAGACAAAUCAUCACAAAGGAAGCAAGCCAUUCUUAGGGGAUGUUUAUGGAUUUGUAGAUGGUUUGGUCUGUGUAUAAACACAGCUGUAAUUCCUUUCCUCCAAUUUUAAUGCAUCGUCAAAUUAAAGCUGAAAGUUAAUUCAGUUCAAUUCAGUUUUAUUUAUAUCGCGCCAGUUACAAUACAAAUGAUCUCAAAACGCUUUACAAAACACGCUUGAAACCUCCAGAGCAGGCCUGAAGAUGACGGUGGUAAGGAAGUACUUCUUUUUAACAGGAAGAAACCUUGAGGAGAACCCAGAGGGACACACAAUAGUAAACAUGCUGUACAGUAGUAGCACAAAAUUGUAUGACUAGGAAUAGAGAAGAAAUAAGAAAAGAAA